AUGUGUGACCAAAAGACAGUGAUAAAAAAUGCGGACAUGUCAGAAGAGAUGCAAAAGGAUUCGGUGGAAUGCACUACUCAGGCACUGGAGAAAUAUAACAUAGAAAAGGACAUUGUAGCCCACAUCAAGAAGGCGUUUCACAAGAAGUACAAACCCACCUGGCACUGCAUUGUAGGGAGGAACUUCGGUAGUUAUGUGACGCAUGAAACCAAACACUUCAUCUACUUCUUCCUGGGCCAGGUGGCCAUUCUUCUGUUCAAAUCUGGUUAAAAG